CAAACACUGCAGAAGAAAGUGUUGUAAUUGAUUGGCUGGAGGUGAAUUAUCCAAAACCUGUGGAAUAGGUUUUCCUCUUUUAUUACUCAAAUAACGGCAUCGAUGUCAUUACGUAACUCAUCGAAAUCGCUUUCCAACAGUAGGCCUGGCCUCCUUGCCUGCACAGCGUCGAUGUUGCAGUGAUGAGCACCGUGGCUGGAGUGGUUCUUCGGCAGAGAUGUCACUGUCUUUGCCUGGCGGGAUUGGUGGUUGGAUUCGUGGUGCUGUGUGUGUUUUACCUCCACGUGCAAGCAGAUUCUAACGUCGCCACCCACCCAUACAAACACACUUUUGAUGAUGAGGAACUGUUGUUGAUGUCUCUGGAAGCCACUGAAGGCAUGACAGCAACAAUCGACCAUUUCAACGGCACAGUUUAUUCGGGACCGUCCAAACAGGAUGCAAACUCAAAUCAUUCUCAGCCAAGACGUGGACAAAUUGAAGUGCCUUCACCACAAGCAAACCAACAAAACACUACCUUGUAUCGUUUCAAACACUGGAAAGAAACUCAACAAAGUAGGGUGAAGACCAUCCGGGAUGUUUGCUUGAAGCAACACGGCGAAUUACCAUCCAAUCAGGGCACUCUUGGGAAACCCCACCCACAGUUGUCAACCAAUCGCACUUCAACUUUAACUUCGAGAACUUUAAAGCACAUCUUCGUGUCUGACAAGCAUCGUUUCAUGUACUGUUACAUCCCAAAAGUCGCCUCCACUAGUUGGAAACGUGUCAUGAUGUUUCUGAAUGACAAUCAACUGAAUAUCGACGACAUUCCUGCCAGAGAAGCCCACUCGCGAAACCGCUUGAAAACUCUUAUAAACUUCCCUCUGAAGGAGAGAGCAUGGCGGCUGAGAACCUACAAGAAAUUUAUGUUCGUCAGGAACCCAGUUUCGCGUAUUGUUUCGGCGUAUCGUAACAAGUUUGAAAAUCUGGAGGUGUAUCGUAAGGCGACUCUAAUUGGCAUACGCCGCUACGGGAAGUAUAUUGUGAACAAGUAUCGACGAAACGCUACGUUGAGCGAAAUACAGACGGGUGAAAAUGUCACAUGGUCUGAAUGGAUUGAGUAUCUGACCAAUCAGGCCGAAGAAUCCAACUUUUUCGAUCACUGGAUGCAAAUGAGCAAGUUGUGUAGCCCGUGCAACGUCAGCUACGACUUCAUUGGUAAAUUGGAAACAUUCAGUGACGAUGCUGAUUACAUCAUGAAUGUGUUGAAUUUGACUGACGUCAUUGUAAAUUUUCCUGGGCGGGAAAACAGUCACCCAACGAACAGCUCGAUCGAUGUGGCCAAGUCGUACUUUGAACAAGUCUCCAAAAGAAAACGACGAGCUCUUUGGAACAUUUAUGAGCCUGACUUCCAAAUGUUCGGAUAUGAAAAGCCGGAUUUCUUAGACUGAUUUAAAUGUUUUAAAUUUGGUAGAAAUACAGACACAGGGUGUCAGAGCCGGAAAGAGAGUGUUUAGUGGCCACAAAACUGGUUGAUUAUGAAAAAGACGGCAUAAAGGACUGUUCAUUCUUACCUGCGAGUGCAGCAUAUACAUGUACAUGUAUAAGGUUUUUGUUCCUGCGAGGCUUAUGUCAGACAAUAUACCCAAAUUCUCUAUUUAGCUCUCUUUUGAUUAUCUGUUUAAUUUUUAUUCUUAGUAUUACUGGUCUAAUUUUAGUUUUUGGCCAUUUCCUUUGUUUUUUACGUCCUUUUUGAUUGUAACUUUUAACUAAAGUUGGCUUCAUAUUUAUAUAUACAUGUAUUCACACACAUCUCCUUGAUCCUUUUCCAUAGUUUAGUACAAACCUUUUUUUCCUUCAAUCCUCAUAGCCCUGUAUUACCCACCUCAAUUUCUAAAUUACAUUUUUACGCUUUUCAUUCGUUGUGUAUUAAUGUUUGUAUACCAUACCAUUUAUUUAUAUGCGUGUAUAUAUUUGUUAUUUGAUUUUAUGGAGCACCUUGGUGUGGAGCAUCAGGUCUGCGGUCCACAGUAUUUUUUACUUUUGGUGCCCCAUGCCUAUCCGUGUGUCUCUUUUUUCUUUUUGUGGCCGAAUGAUAAUACUAAUAACUGGAGGUCAUCUGUCUGUCUGCCGACAGAACAGAGGGCUUUUCGCAUUUCUUUGUUAAUAAUUUGAACAAUCGAUCUACUGUACAAACCUGAUGGCGUAAUUACCUCAUCAAGAUCAUUUGGGUCCAAGGUUUCAACCCAAUCAGGCAUGCACUUCAGCAAACAGCGUGCUUUAAAUAUUGUCUUUGUUUUUCUUCAAAUACUUGGUUUCAUCUACGUCUGCGUUUCGCCUUACUUUUUAGACCCUGACUUCGAAGUUCUUAGCGAAUUAAUGAGUCAUAUCUUGCUUCCGAAAACACCCAACUGCACGCUGUCAACCCCAAUUUUUAAAUUUUUCUGUUUACUUUGUAUGGUGUCGGUCUUAUAUAAAGGCAAUGUUGAAUCCCUAGAAGCCAGAGACGAAGGCAAAUAUUUGAAAGCCCAAAAGUUACUGAUAAUAGUAGUGUUGAUUCAGAUGAAGAUGCAUUGGCAUUCGACUUGAAAAUUGUGUUUUCAACCCUAGCGAUUUAAAUCCAGAUGGUACAAAUUCUUGUCUCUUUAAAACUCAGAGUAUGUCAUUUGUAGUCAACUAAGAGCUCAAAGCUACAACUGCCAUAUGCGCUAUAUAUGCAUGACUCUAUUACAAUUUUCCACACAAUGUAAGGAGUAUUCAUAAAAAUCACAACGAGCUCUUUUUACUGUUAAAAGAAUCCAAAUUAUUGGAAAAACAGAAACAUAGCUUAAAACACCACCUGAUUCCCUUUCUUGAUCAACAGUUACAAAUGUGAGUAUAAAACAGACAAGAUCAGAUUGGGGGUGGUGUUAUGCUGUACGUGAAGGAUUCCCUCGAUUAAAUUGUAAGAUCCGAUAUAUCUGGCUCUGAAAAUGAAAGAAAAAAAUGCAGACGUCAUAAUAGGUUUAAUCUACAGACCACCUUGCCAAAGUGUUUCAAAUUUCAUAGAUGGAAGCAAUUAUUGAGAAGAUAUCUUCAGAAAACAAAACGUGUUAUUUGCUUAGGGAUUUUAAUAUAGAUUUGCUGAAGUUUGAAACUCACAAUCAAACACUCAAGCUACUAAGUUUAUUGUACUCUUUUACUUUUCGUCCACUCAUUGAUAAACCAACUUGGAUUACAUCCAG